AGCUGUAUGUGUGAUCUUACAGUACCGAUCAUUUGUAUUUCAAUUUGAGUGCGCGAGCAAAGACGAGGGUUUACAACUAGAUGAGAAUUUGAUCAAGAGAACAUUAAAAUACAAUCUGCUGCAGUCGGACGGGGCACUUCUGAUUGAAUCGCCGACGAAAGAGGUUCGGAUCUCGAAAGGGAAAAAUAAUCGGCUUUUUACUGGCCAAUUGAGAUACGGAAACUUCUAACGACCGAGUGUGUGAUAUGGCUGAAUCAGUGGAGGGAGCAGAGACUGUUGACCAGAUUCGCGAUGGCCUCAUGGACGACUGGAAAAUCCUGGAGAACGUAUUCCACCUGCUCCAGAAGGAGGAUACCUUCUGCGUGGAUCCCCAGAAAUGGGGCAAGCAGAAGAUAGUCCCCUUUUUGCAGCCAGACAAACUGAAGGAACUGAUUAACCUAAAGGUUCGGGAGACGGAAAACUGCUCGCUCGCGGAGAUCGAGGAGCUGUGCCAGCAGGUGAUCCACUACUCCGUGAAAACCUCGCACGGCCGCUUCCACAAUCAGCUCUUCGGGCAGCUGGACCCUUUUGGACUGGCAGGAGCCCUGGUCACCGAGGCCAUGAACGGCAGCACAUACACCUACGAAGUUGCGCCCGUGUUUAGCCUGAUCGAAACUGAGGUGAUCGCGACCAUCUGCAAGUUGGCAGGAUACAAGGAAGGCGAUGGCAUCUUUGCGCCCGGUGGCUCCACCUCCAACAUGUACGGCAUGGUUCUGGCCCGCUAUAAGAGCGCGCCUGAGGUGAAGACAUCUGGAAUGUUUGGAAUGCGACCGCUGGUGCUCUUUACCUCCGACGAGUCGCACUACAGCUUCGUGAAGGCGGCCAACUGGCUGGGAUUGGGCAGCGACAACUGUGUGUCGGUGAGGACCAACGAGCGGGGUCAGAUGCUGCUGGACGACCUGGAGGCGAAGAUCGCAGAGGCAAAGGCCCGCGGCGGGCAACCGUUCUUUGUCAACUGUACUGCAGGCACCACUGUACUGGGUGCCUUUGAUGAUAUCAAUGGGGUUGCGGAUUUGACGGAACAACAUGGUAUGUGGCUCCAUGUGGACGCCUGUCUGGGAGGUGCUGCACUGCUCUCCGCCAAGAACCGAUCGCUGAUUGCCGGCCUCGAGCGGGCGAACUCGUUUUCCUGGAAUCCGCACAAAACCAUCGGUGCUCCAUUGCAGUGUUCGCUCUUUUUGACCAGGGAAUCUGGCCGUCUGCUGGAAAGAUGCAACAGCACCGAGGCGCACUAUUUGUUCCAGCAGGACAAGUUCUAUGAUGUAUCCUACGACACGGGAAACAAGAGUGUCCAGUGCGGACGCAAGAUCGACGCCUUCAAGUUCUGGCUAAUGCUUAAGGCUCGCGGAUACGGAAAGUAUGGACUCAUGGUGGACCACGCCAUCCACAUCGCCAGGUUGCUGGAAGACAAGCUGCGCCAGCGCGGAGAUCGCUUUAGACUGGUGCUCCCGGAGCACGAGUACUCCAAUGUCUGCUUUUGGUUCAUUCCGAAAGCAAUGAGGGUGUCUAGCGAGGAGGAGAAGCCUGAAUGGUGGAAUCGACUUUACACUGUGGCCCCGAAAAUUAAGGAGCAAAUGGCCCACAGCGGCACUUUGAUGAUUGGUUACUCGCCUCUUAAAGCUAAAAAUCUGGGCAACUUCUUUCGCAUGGUCUUCACUUGUUUUCCCAUCCUGAAAAGCGAAGAGUUGGACUUCAUUUUGGACGAAAUUGAGAGAUUGGGCGAGAUAAUUGUCCUUUAAAUUUUUUCUAUGUGAAGUCAGCUAAUUAACGAAAAUCGUUGUAUUGCAAUUGUACAUUUCAUUGGUGUUUUUUACUUUGUGAUAAAAAAAAACACGCCUUUAUUAUCUAAA